AGCUUCUCUCCACAUGGUGAUCGACUCAUCACAAGCUCAGACGACGGAUCGGCCAAGGUUUGGAGCGCGAUAUCGGGAGACGAGUACAUGUCGCUGCGCGAGCACCAGGGGUCCGUCUGGGGAGCGGUCUUCUCGGCCGAUGGACGACGCGUGCUCUCCGUCGGGAGUGAGCGAACCGUCAAGAUCUGCGACUCGUACAGCGCGGAGCUCUUGGAUACCAUCGACGGCGGCGAUGAUCUUGCGAACGCGGCGACGUUCUCGGCGGACGGCAAGUACAUCGCUGCAGGCGGCGAGGAUCACACUAUCUCUGUGUGGAACACGGAUUCCAAGGAACGCGUCAGGCAGCUCAACGGGCACAGGGAUAAUGUCAACAAGAUCAUAUUCUCCCCCGACAACAAGCGACUGGUGUCUGCGUCGGAUGACGGGACCGUCAGGAUCUGGAGGCUGGAUGGACCUCAGCUCCUCGCUCCUGUGGCGGUCUGA